AUGAAGUUGCAUCCUCUAAGUAGAAAUCCGCAAAUAAAUUGUUUCUUGGUAAAAUUAAGACAAAUGAAUUUCAUAAUAGAUUGUGGUUUAGAUAUUUCAUACUUGAUAAAGUUUCCACCUAGAGAUACAAUCAGCCUUACCAAUAAUAUAGAUCAACAACUUAGUAGUAAUGUAAAAUCAUUUGAUUCAUUUGAUCUUCCUUCCAAUAAUGACAUGGUUAUAGUUUCGGAUAAUAUUACUACCACUGAAUCAACCACAAUACUUACAUCUUCAACAACAGCAACAUCUUCACUAUUGUUAUCAACGGAUGAAAGAGAAACUAAAAGACGUAAAAUUGAUCCUCCAAUAGAAUUAUUAGCUGGUAAAGGCAUCAGAUCACAUGCUCAAUUCCUGGUCGAAUUACCAGAAUUUUCAUCAAUUGAUUGGAAAUCAAUAAGUUUCAUUUUGAUCACCAAUCAUAAACAAAUGUUGGCAUUACCUUAUAUCACCGAGUAUACUGAUUUUAAAGGAAAAAUUUAUGUGGCAGAACCUACUGUUUCUUUUGGUAGGCAAAUGAUGACUGAAUUAGUACAUUAUUUUGGUGAGAGUAGUUUGCCAAUUAGAAGCCAGGUUAAUACAAAACCAGGAAAAGCAAAUAUAUUCACUGGUAUCACAAAAGACUUGAAUACUGCCAGAUCUUUAUAUACAAUAUCAGAUAUUGAAUCUUGUAUUGACAAAAUUCAACCUAUAAGAUUUAAUGAACAUUUGAUGUUGCAUGAAUUACAAGUUACCGCUUAUAGUUCUGGGCAUUCAUUAGGUAGUGCCAAUUGGCUGUUAGAUUGUGGAUAUGAAAAGGUGGCUGUUGUUUCAACGUCAUCCACAGUGCUAAAUAUUCAUCCUUUGCCAUUUGAUAAGACUAUAUUGGAUAUUGCCGAUGUAAUUGUUAUGUGUGAUUUAUGUCAAGGAAAAAAUGAGAUGCAAUUUGAACAUACGUUACAUAAAAUUGGAGAAUCUGUUGUAAAUACAUUGGCAACAAAAGGUAAUGUUUUAUUCCCAUGUACACUGAAUGGUGUUAUAUUUGAUAUAAUUGAACAUCUAGGAAAAUAUUUGAGGGCAAAAGGAUUCCAUAGUGUUCCCAUCUAUGCUGUUUCACCAGUAGCUGAAGAAUCAUUAAAGUACUCAAAUAUAUCUGGUGAAUGGAUGUGCACAGAACGUCAAAACAAGAUGUAUUUGCCUGAUAAUCCAAUGUUUCUAAAAAAUAUGAUUGAUCAAGGCCUAUUAAAUUAUGCUGCUCGUUUUGAUAGUUCACUUCAGAAAAAAUACCAAGAACCUUGCGUUGUUUUUGCUGGUCAUCCCUCUUUACGUAGUGGUGCUGCAAUUAGUUUUGUUAGAAAAUGGGGCAAAUCUGAAUUUGAUUAUGUUGAAGCAUUAUCACCAUUUGAAAAUUUACAAAUAGAAUCAACUUUUAUUCCAAUUGAUAUACGACUAACUGUAGAUGAUGUAACCGAGAUGUUGUUAAAAAGUUCAAAAUUAGAACCUCAACAUAUUUUACUACCGAAACAAAUAAUAACUGAUAAUGAUAAAUUGAUCCAUAUUCAAAAACAAUUACCUUCAUCAAUGAUUACUUUAUAUGAUUAUUUGGAUGUUGUUGAUAUUACAAUAAAUUCUCAAUUUUUAAGAGCUACUAUUUCAGAAAGUCUUGCAAAAGAGAUUAAACAAAUAAAAUAUGGUGACUUUAGUUUUGCAUCUAUUAAUGGAACUUUUAAAGUUUUUAAUAAUCAGUCUUCAAUAAUUAACACACAAAAUAAUUUAAAUCAACAAAAAUAUAUUUGUGGAAAAGUUAAAGUUUCAGAUUUAAUUUAUCAAAUUAAUGAAGAAAUUUUGGGAUGUCAAAUAUCCUCAAUACAAGAAGAUAGACGAAACAAUUCAUUUGAAAUAAUAAUAGAUUCACCAAAAGCAAUAAUCACAUUCAAAGAGAAUAAAUUUAAUAUAGAAACUAAAGACAAUCAAACAAGGAUUAAAUUGGUCAAAGUAUUAACAAGUCAAUUAAAAGUUUUAUAA